AUGUAGCUCACUCAUGCUAAGUUCACAUGGAACGUUAUUCGCUAUCUAUUCCUUGUUCGACCAUUAAUUAAGAAAUAUCUACUUAAUUCCCAAUACAACAUUUGCUGAGCUAACAAAAGUUGUGUUCCAGAACCAACAAAUUAGUACUAAUUAGUGCUAAUUCUGCUACAACGCGUUCCCGUACUCCAAAAACUAGCAAAACUUGCAGCUCUUUCGAGAACAAAAUGGCGCUGAGAGGUGCACAUUUCUGCUUGUUUUAGCUACAUGAAUUUGGCCGAGCAGAAAUGUGCAACUUGUAAAUUUGACAUUUAAUUGGCAGGGCUAACAAGGUUGAAAAAUGUAUUUAUACAUUUCAAUGUUCGCGCUUCACAACAAAUGUAAAGAAAAACGAUCAUUUAAAAACUAAAGGAAAAACUAAUAUCUGUCGUGCAAAUAACAGAAAGAGAAAACAUGGAGCAACUGAUGUAUUCACUUUUGGAUGAUUCCAGCAGUGAAGAGGACUGGCUGAAUGAGGAAUCAGGCGAAGAAAACGUAUUGGAAAACAUUGCAAAAUUAGUGAAAGGUUGCAUUGAUGGGACCCAUGUUAUCAUUGAUCCGCCAAAGGAUGGACGAAAUGAUUAUGUCGACCGCAAAGGACAUUUUUCAUUAAAAGUCCAAGGAGUGUGCAAUGAAAAACGUAAAUUUAUUAAUGUGUUUAUCGGAUACCCGGGGUCUGCACAUGAUAGUUGGGUUUACCAAAAUUCGCCAUUAUCUCAAAAUUUAGAUAGCAAAUGUGGAGACUACUUUCUUCUUGGUGACUCAGCAUAUCCAUGUAGCAGGUAUCUUGUCACACCCUACAGGGAUAAUGGCCAUCUGACUGCCCCGAAAAAACUUUUCAACAAAAAGUUAAGCUCAGGACGGGUAAAAAUAGAGCACACUUUCGGUAUGGUAAAGCAAAGAUUUCGGCAGCUGUACUAUUGCAAGCUUAGAGGUGUGAAAAAGCUCUGCCAUUUUAUAAGGGCGUGUUGCGUUCUGCACAACCUUGCAAAUGAGAACGAUUUCGAUUUUGAUGAAAUUAGUGAAGAAGAACCUGAAGUAGAUGUAUCUUCUGGUCAUCAAGACAUGUCAGCCAACAAUGCACGCCGAGAUAUUUUGUGCCUUGAAAUUCGAAAAAAUAUAACAGACCUAUAGACACACCCACUUCAAAUAAUUUCAUAAUUACAUUAUGUUAUAUAUAUAUAUGUUAUAUAUAUAUAUAUAUAUAUAUAUAUAUAUAUAUA